ACCACCAGCCCUGAAAUCCUGCCUCCUGCUUUCCCCCCUCUUUCAUUCUUUUUUGCCUUCCUUUUCUUUUUUCCCCCCUCUUUCUUUCCCCAGCAGCAACUCCAGAGCCGAGAGCCUGCGUCCCGGGACGGACUGCCUUUUCUUAAUUGAUACAAUAGCCCAGCUCGGGUUUUCACCUCCUCCCCCAACUCCACCCCGCCUCACCCCUCCCGCCCGCCGCCGCCGCCGCCGCCGCCGCCCCAGCGCUCGCCCCGGGCUCUGUCGCCGGCUGCGUCCCAUCCCGGCCGAGGUCCGCCGGCUCCGCACCCGCGCGCUCCGGCCGCCGCGCCGCCUCGCCCGCCGCGCCCGCUUCGGGGGUGCAGCGGCGGCUCUGGAGCCGAGGCGCGCCGCCUGGGGCAGCCCCGGGACGCUGGGCUCGGGCCUCUCCGCUCGCCUCGGCUGGGGAGCCUCUCCCCUUGCCCCCAAAGUUUCUGGGUUCGUUGGAAUUUUUGGAUUCAGGAUUUUUUCCCUUUUUUUUUUCCACCUAGGAAUUUGAGGGGGAAACUUUUGACCAAUCGAUCGCAUUUUCUAUCCCUCCUUCCCCCUUCUUCUUCUUCUUCUUUUUUUUUUUUCCCUGAGCAGGGGAAGGGGUUUACAAGAGAGGUUCCCGCUGGACAAAGUUUUUCAAAGUUUUCCGAGUGUGAUGGUUGCGGGGAGAGCUAAGCCACCAGCUUGAUUCACGGCUUCAUCUCACCCCCCCUCGAGCUGCCCCUCAGUCCGCUAUAAGGGAGCAAACAAACAAACAAACAAACAAAGUUACACUCCGAGUCGCCUCGUGUCUCCUCUCUCUCUCUUCUAGGCAUUUUUUUUUUCUCCCCUCCCGCUCUCCCCUCGACGCUUCCACUCCCCUCUCCCCUUCCCUUGGCCCCUUCCUCCUUCUCUGUUUCGGCUGGAGGUGCCAGGACCCUCGGCCGCAGGCACCCCUCCCCCGCCGCUCAAGUCCCUUGUCCGGCCCUCCCCUCCCCCGCCGCGGCCGGCGCAGCCAAUCCCCCGAGCGGCCGCCAACAUGAUCUUUGAGGGCUUGGAGCUGGUGUCCGCGCUGGCCACCCUCGCCGCGUGCUUGGUGUCGGUGACGCUGCUGCUGGCCGUGUCGCAGCAGCUGUGGCAGCUGCGCUGGGCUGCCACCCGCGACAAGAGCUGCAAGCUGCCCAUCCCCAAGGGCUCCAUGGGCUUCCCGCUCAUCGGAGAGACCGGCCACUGGCUGCUACAGGGUUCUGGCUUCCAGUCCUCGCGGAGGGAGAAGUACGGCAACGUGUUCAAGACGCACUUGCUGGGACGCCCGCUGAUCCGCGUGACGGGCGCGGAGAACGUGCGCAAGAUCCUCAUGGGCGAGCACCACCUCGUGAGCACCGAGUGGCCGCGCAGCACGCGCAUGCUCCUGGGCCCGAACACGGUGGCCAACUCCAUCGGCGACAUCCACCGCAACAAGCGCAAGGUGUUCUCCAAGAUCUUCAGCCACGAGGCUCUGGAGAGCUACCUGCCUAAGAUCCAGCUGGUGAUCCAGGACACGCUGCGUGCCUGGAGCAGCCACCCCGAGGCCAUCAACGUGUACCAGGAGGCCCAGAAGCUCACCUUCCGCAUGGCCAUCCGCGUCCUCCUGGGCUUCAGCAUCCCCGAGGAGGACCUCGGGCACCUCUUUGAGGUCUACCAGCAGUUCGUGGAGAAUGUCUUCUCCCUGCCUGUCGACUUGCCCUUCAGUGGCUACCGGCGGGGCAUUCAGGCACGACAGACCCUACAGAAGGGCCUGGAAAAGGCGAUCCGGGAGAAGCUGCAGUGCACGCAGGGCAAGGACUAUUCGGACGCGCUGGACAUCCUCAUCGAGAGCAGCAAGGAGCACGGGAAGGAGAUGACCAUGCAGGAGCUGAAGGACGGGACCCUGGAGCUGAUCUUCGCCGCCUACGCCACCACGGCCAGCGCCAGCACGUCGCUCAUCAUGCAGCUGCUGAAGCACCCGGCCGUGCUGGAGAAGCUGCGGGAGGAGCUGCGGGCCCACGGCAUCCUGCACAGCGGCGGCUGCCCCUGCGAGGGCACCCUGCGCCUGGACACCCUCAGCGGGCUGCACUACCUGGACUGCGUCAUCAAGGAGGUCAUGCGCCUCUUCACGCCCAUCUCCGGCGGCUACCGCACCGUGCUGCAGACCUUCGAGCUCGACGGUUUCCAGAUCCCCAAAGGAUGGAGCGUCAUGUACAGCAUUCGGGAUACUCACGACACAGCGCCUGUGUUCAAAGAUGUGAACGUAUUUGACCCCGACCGCUUCGGCCAGGCUCGGAGCGAAGACAAGGACGGCCGCUUCCAUUACCUCCCCUUCGGCGGCGGCGUCCGGACCUGCCUGGGCAAGCACCUGGCCAAGCUGUUCCUGAAGGUGCUGGCGGUGGAGCUGGCCAGCACCAGCCGCUUCGAGCUGGCCACCCGGACCUUCCCCCGCAUCACCCUGGUCCCCGUCCUGCACCCCGUGGACGGCCUCAGCGUCAAGUUCUUUGGCCUGGACUCGAACCAGAACAAGAUCCUGCCGGAGACGGAGGCCAUGCUCAGUGCCACGGUCUAAGGGGGCCUGGCCCACACCCCUGCCUCAGCCCGGCCAGGCCCUGGGGUGGGAGGCGAUGGAAGGGUACAAACCUGUGUGUGGGAGGGGGCCGCCGCCCGGGGAAGGGGAGCGGCCCCCAUACCUGGCCCUCCUGUUUUCUCUCCCUGGCAAGCCCUACCCAAAGCCAAAAGGGCCCUGCUCUUUGGGGGGAUGGGGCCCCCCCUCCUGGCUCCUGCUUCUCCCAGUCUCUCUCCAGUUCCCACCAGCUUAGCUCCUGGGACAGGGCCUGGCCGGGGCCUCCGCAUGCCCGUUACAGUGUUAAAUGUCAGUCACCUCACGCUGCAGCAUUUGCUUGUCCUGUUCCCAGCGGACCCCUCCCCUCCCAUUUCGUUUGGACCCUAUUGGUUUGAGGUCACGUGGUCGACAUGGGGGGCAGGCGGAAGAGUUGGGCUCUUCAGCACCCCGCCCCCUCCUGCCUCUACUCAGACUCAGGCACCUGCCCCGCCUGGUGUUCGCCUAGAGUCCCCCCCCCCCUUUGCCAGUUUGGACAUUUGAAAUUACCUAUUGCUGCUACUUGUUUUCUUUCCUCUGAAGUUGGGGCAAAAGAGCUCCAGGCCCCAUCCUCCCAGCAUCCUCUCUGGUGGCCCGGGGCGUGCACACAGCAAUGACAUCCCCACCUCCCUGCCAGGUGGCCCUGAGCCCACCCUGCUCCACUGUUACACCCCGCCGAGGCCCUCGGCUCAUAUUUAUUCACUGAUCUAACCGAAUCUUGGCGUUACUGGGGACUGGGCUUGCACCUCCUCCACCCCCCAGCCUCCGUCCCCGCUGCCCGGGGACCUACUUCUGCGAGUGACUCAGCCCUCUCUGGCUGAGCUUCAGCAGCUCCCGCAGGCUCCAGUCCUUCUGUGGGUUCAACCUCCACGGCACUUCUGGGGUGCAGUCCAGCACCUCUGCCUUUGUCCCCCAGCGGAAGAUGAGGAAAUGGCCCACCAACUCCUCCCCAACUCUGCCAGCAGCAUGGGGAUUUGGAGGCUGCACCAUCUCCCACACAGUCACUGUUCCCCCCGGGGACCCCCCCCCCCCACUAGACUAGUGAGUAUGGGGAAGGAUACGGGUUCUUUCUCUGACAGGGAGCGAGGGGCUCCAUUGUCCCUUCCUUAACCUUCCCCCUCCGCCUUGGAAAGGUGUCCUUGAAGGCCCUUCCCACCUCUAUGCCACUGUCUGCUUAGCCCAGCUCAGGGGUGUGGGACGAGAUGAGAGCGAGGGGAGGUGAGCUAGAAGGCAGCCCUUCCUCAGGGGUCCUGAGGCGGCUGCGGGGAGGCUGUGGGGAGAGCUGAGGAGAGCAUGUGCGAUUUGUCAGAAGUAGAUUUGCUUGGAAACGGGCCAGUCGGUGGGGGGGAUGACUGGGGGGGAAAGGAGUAGCUGCUGCCACCAGCAUUUUGGGAUGCCCCCCCCCCCCCCCCUGGGCUGGUGUGGGGCCUUUGGUGAGUCUUCAGCGGUUUUGUCUGGUUUUGGAUUUGUCUGUGCUGUCUGUGUCUCUCAAUUGGCUUUUGAUGCCGUAAACGCGAUGAGUCCUCUUUACAAGAAAACCAGCGCACGGAGGAAGGUGCGGGACGUCGAUGCGUCUGCCUCUCGAAGAGGUGACCACUGACCACGCCGUGGCCGCCUCUGAGGGUGCUGAGGGGACAGAUGGCACUCCCACUCUGGACCCCACUCAUAACCACCUGUUCUCAGUUGUUUCAUUUGGUUUCUUCCUUUUCACUAUUAAAAAAUAGUGUACAGCAGAUUUGAUUGGCAAAAAAACAGACGUUCAAAAAAAAUUAGUAAUAGCUCUCAGUUUCUCUGCAUUCUGAAAAACAGGCAAAACUGUGUUAGGACUCAUCAAAACUUGCAGGAGAGCUGCGUGGUCCACCAGCGUUGGGCACCCACAGGAAAGCCUGGCGUCUGGACGUUCCUGCGCCUUCAAGCUAACCCGGCUCCCGGGCCCAGUCGUGCUCGGGCCAACAGCUGGGGAUGCGCAGGGGCCGCUUCAGACGGGAAGCCCACUGGGCGCGGCCCUGGAGGGCUCUGGGAGGCCUCAGUGGACCUUCCAUUUGGGGUGACCAGCUGGAGAGGGGCAGAGAGAGGGCUGAGGAGGGUCCCUGUGAGGAGGGAAGGAGGAUCAUUUGCCCUGCUGGGUCUCAGAGAUAACCAGAGAAAGGAAGAAAGCUCUUGACUGGCUGAGCGAGGGGUUCCCAUGUCGAAGUCCAUCCAUCUCUCCUCUGUGCGUCCGUCGGUGUCCGUGUGUCUGUGUGUAGGUCUUCUAGACGUAGCGUAGCUGGGUGAUGUUUUCUCACUUACCAUUCCUAACUAUUGUAACUUGACGUUAAAAAAGACAAAACCCCACCACACGUUUCCUGCCACGGGCUUGCAGAUUGAAGCACUUUCGAUGUUGGGCGCUGGCGAUUCUGUUCUGGGCUCCAUCCCGACCCUGCCCAGAGCGCUAUGAUAUUAUUUUAUACACAAAACUUUUUUUUUUUCAUAAAUGUUAUAAUUUUGUGUCUGUCUUUAUAAACUAUUAUAAGUACUAUUUUUGUUAUAAUUCAAAAUAGAUAUUUAGUAUAAAGUUUUUGCUGUUAAAUAUUUGUUAUUUAGUAAAAUAUGAAUUUUUCUCUAUUGUAAACAUGGUUCAAAAUAUUAAUAUGUUUUUAUCACAGUUGUUUUAAUAUUGAAAAAGCACUUGUGUGUUUUGUUUUGAUAUGAAACUGGUGCCGUGCGUUUUUGCUGUCACGUGGUCUUAAUCUGUAUAUAAUAUCCCAUGUUGCAUAUUAAAAAAAAAAUGAAUGUUGUGCAUUUUGUGAUUUUGAAAGUACUCGAUGUGGCUCUUUCAUAGGCUUCCAUAAUAAACCGUGGGGACUCA